AAUACAUUUUUGUACAUCCCUAAUGGGUCACACUGCAUUUUCACCUCGAACUGGGCGGUUGCGUAGCGCGUCGAUCGCUUAAACAGAAUUUCAAACUCGGUACCGCGCGUUCGUGCUAAAAUUGAUUUGACCCUGUUUUUAAAAUCAAUUGAAGGAAAAAAUACAGUUCUCAAUUAACGAAUAUUUUGUGCGAUUAUAAGAAAUUGGUAAAGUUCUCGGAAGUGCCUUGUUCUCGGAAAGUUGCUAACACCCAUACCAGCGCGAAUAACUGAAGCAGCGGGGACGCACACAAGCGCGCCUUUUUGUUAGUGUGCGUGUAACCACUUUUUACCUGGUCUUACCUGUUUGCGGAGCGAGUGAAAAGGCCAGCGAAGGAGAGUUCCAAAGCGGACGGGCCAAAGAUAAAAGUGAACAAAUCCAGCAGCUGCUCAAGUCGGAAAUACUGAGGGCGCGCACUGUACGCCGUGAUCAUCAUACUCCGUUCCCCUACUCCGUGGUGCAUCCGUCGAUUUUGGGGCUCGAUUCGUGGAUAAUUAUUGGCAUUAUUAGGCGGUUGCCAUGAAGAUGCAGUCCCAGUCCAAACAAACUUUGCAGCGUCGACGUCAGCGCUAGUUCCACGCCUACUACACGCACAGUAAUCAAAAAUAGUGGAAAUAACAGAAAUAGUGAAAAUAAAAAGGGCAGAAACCCACCUUCGAGCAAAGGUGUAUGCUGGGCCACUGCCCCGCCGGUGUGUGAGUGCCAGUGCGAGUGAUUUCCGAAUAAUACUGGGUGAAUCACUGGGAGAAGCUAGUGCUAGUGCUCAAGAUCGUUCGCUCCAGCGGAGAUGGCGUUUGGCUGCUAAACGAAAUGUCCACAAACGCCCAACAACGACUCUACGACAGCGACUGCAUCAGAAUGUCUGCCAAUCAACAGAUGACAUCCGAUCCGGACCACGAUCCGGACCAUAAUCCCGCCCAGCAACAGACGCACCAGCAGCACAAACGAAAGUGCCGAGUGUGGAGUUGUAGCCCCACGAGACUAGUUCUCCUGGCUGCUAUUGUGGCGCUCCAUGUCCUUACGCCCGCCCUCGCAUUCCACAAUGCCCCCGCCGACAAUCACAAGCCCGCCUUCAUGAACUGCGCCGGGUAUGCGCCCAAGGUGAAGGAGGAGCAGCCGGAGAAUACGUACGUGUUUAUGGUGAAGGCGGUCGACCCGGAUCCCGAUCAGGAGAUCCGCUACAGCAUCGUCCAGGCGCCCGUCGAGCGCUCCAAGUUCUUCAUCAACCCCACCUCGGGUGUCAUUGUGACGGCCCACACCUUCGAUCGCGACGAGCCGAUUCACGAGAAGUUCGUCUUCGUCACCGUCCAGGCCACGGACAACGGUCUGCCGGCCCUCGACGACGUGUGCACCUUCAACGUCACCAUCGAGGACAUCAACGACAAUGCCCCGGUCUUCAACAAGGCUCGCUACGACGAGUCCAUCUCGGAGAAUGCCCAGCCCGACGCCGUGGUGAUGUCCAUCAGCGCCAGCGACUUUGACGACGGAAAUAACAGCAUUGUGGAGUACGAGAUCCUGCGGGAGCGCGACUUCCAGUAUUUCAAGAUCGACAAGGAGUCGGGCAUCAUCUACCUAACCCGGCCGAUCGACAAGCGACCGGGCCAGUCGUACGCCAUCAUCGUGCGGGCGUACAACAUAGUGCCGGACUUGCCGCAGGAGGCGCAGAUCGAAGUUCGCAUCCGUGUGGUGGAGUCAUCGAACAAGCCACCCUCCUUCGUGGAUCCCUACGACACGCCCAUCUACCUGAAGGAGAAUUUCAAGAACUUCUCACAUCCAAUCGUGACACUGCAAGCGGUGUCCAACAUGCCAGAGAACCCGGAGGUGAUCUUCGAGCUGAUCACCGGACGGACGGAGCAGACGAACGGCAAGAACACGUUCGUCUUCGACCAGAUCGGCAAUGAGGUGACCAUCAGCCUGGGCAAGCACCUGGACUACGAGGCCAUCACCGACUACACGCUGACGAUGAGCGUCCGGAACACCCACGAGCUGGCCGCCGAGCACCAGAUCAAGAUCAAGGUGGAGGAUGUCAACGACAACAUACCCUACUUCACGGAGGUCAAGUCGGGAACGAUACUGGAGAACGAGCCGGCCGGCACACCCGUCAUGCAGGUGCGCGCAUUCGACAUGGACGGAACCCCAGCCAACAACAUUGUGUCCUUCGAGCUGGCCGACAACCGGGAGUACUUCACCAUCGAUCCAAACACGGGCAACAUCACCGCCCUGACCACCUUCGAUCGGGAGGAGCGCGACUUCUACAAUGUCAAGGUGAUUGCCAGCGACAACUCGCCAUCGAGUCUGUUCGAUAACGGGGAGCCGAAUCGGGGACACCAGGUGUUCCGAAUCUCCAUCGGUGACAAGAACGACCACAAGCCGUACUUCCAGCAGACCAUGUACCUGGCGGAUAAGCUGCUGGAGGACGCCAACACCAACUUCGAGGUGAUCGAAGUGAAGGCCGAGGACAAGGACAACGCCGCCCAGAUCCUCUACAGCAUCGAGAGCGGCAACAUAGACGACGCCUUCAAGAUCGGUCUGAAGACCGGCAAGAUCACGGUGAACAAGCGGCUGGACUACGAGACCAUCACGGAGUACGAGCUGAAGGUGCGGGCCUUCGACGGCAUCUACGACGACUACACCACCGUGGUCAUCAAGAUCGCCGAUGUGAACGACAAUCCGCCGGUGUUCAAGCAGGCCUACAGUGUCACCAUCAUGGAGGAGACCAUGUACGACGACUGCAUCCUGACGGUGGAGGCCUACGAUCCGGACAUCAAGGACCGCAACGCCGACCAGCACAUCGUCUACUCGAUCGUGAAGAAUGACGAGAAGCGGUUCAGCAUCGACAACAACGGCUGCCUCCGGCUGGUGAAGACUCUGGACCGGGAUCCGCCCAACGGCCACAAGAACUGGCAAGUUCUGAUCCAGGCCAACGAUGAGGACGGCGUCGGCACCACCCUCAAGAAGGUGCAGGAGGUGACCAUCACGCUGAAGGACAUCAACGACAAUGCCCCCUUCCUGAUCAACGAGAUGCCAGUGUUCUGGCAGGAGGGACGCAGUCCCGGCAACAUCGUCAAGCUGCAGGCCACCGACUACGACGACACGCCCGGAGCGGGUGACUUCACCUUCGGCAUCGACAGCGAGGCCUCCGCGGACAUCAAGAGCAAGUUCAGCAUCAACGACGACUACCUGCACGCCAACGUGGAGUUCGACCGCGAGCAGCAGAAGGAGUACUUCAUCCCCAUCCGGAUCAGCGACUCGGGGGUGCCGCGCCAGAGCGCCGUGAGCAUUUUGCACGUGGUGAUCGGGGACAUCAACGACAACGCCAUGAGCGAGGGCUCUUCCACCAUCUUCGUGUACAACUUCCGUGGCGAGGCGCCGGAGACGGACAUCGGACGCGUUUUCGUCGAGGAUCUGGACGACUGGGACCUGGAGGACAAGGAGUUCCGGUGGAAGAACGACGUUCGGCACGAGAACUUCCGGCUGAACCCCAACACCGGCAUGAUCACCAUGCUGAAGCACACCGAGGAGGGCGAGUACGACCUCCUGUUCUCGGUCACUGAGUCCUCGACCGCCAUCAUCACCCACUCGGUGGACGCCAAUGUGACUGUGAUCAUCCGGGAGCUGCCCGAGGAGGCGGUGGACAAGAGCGGCAGCAUCCGUUUCAUCAACGUCACCAAGGAGGAGUUCAUCAGCGUGCCGCGAGACAGCAUGCCGCAUGCCCUCUCCCUGAAGGAUCAGCUUCAGAUCUCGCUGGCCAAGCUCUUCAACACGUCGGUGGCCAAUGUGGACGUGUUCACGGUGCUCCAGAACGAGAACAACACCCUGGAUGUGCGCUACUCCGCCCACGGGUCGCCCUACUACGCCCCGGAGAAGCUGAACGGCAUGGUGGCCCAGAACCAGCAGCGCCUGGAGGACGAGCUGGGCCUCCAGAUGCUGAUGAUCAACAUCGACGAGUGCCUGAUCGAGAAGCUCAAGUGCGAGAGCUCCUGCACCAACGAGCUGCACAAGAGCUCGGUGCCCUACAUGAUCUAUUCGAACAUCACCUCCUUUGUGGGCGUCAACGCCUUCGUCCAGGCCCAGUGCGUGUGCGAGGCGCCUCCGAUGACGCCGUGCCUCAACGGCGGUACGCCUCGGUUCGGGGAGAACGACGUGUGCGACUGCAUCGACGGGUUCACCGGCCCGCACUGCGAGCUCGUCUCCGUGGCCUUCUACGGCAGCGGCUACGCCUUCUACGAGCCAUUCUCGGCCUGCGACAACACCCGCAUCAGCCUGGAGAUCACGCCCCAGAUCGACCAGGGCCUGAUCAUGUACUUCGGACCGCUCAACUACAACCCGCUGCUGCCGCUGUCCGACUUCCUGGCCCUGGAACUGGACCAGGGCUACCCUGUGCUGACCGUGGACUACGGAUCGGGCGGGACGCGCAUCCGGCAUCAGCACAUCAAGAUCGUGCCCGACCGCACCUACCAGAUAGACAUCAUCCUGCAGCGGGCCAGCAUCGAGAUGACCGUGGACAACUGCCAGCUGUCCACCUGCAUGAGCCUGGGCGCCCCGCAGGGACCCAACGAGUUCCUCAACGUGAACGCGCCCCUGCAGCUGGGCGGCAGUGCCGUCGAGCUGGAGCAGUUGGGCCGACAGCUGAACUGGACCCAUGUGCCUGGCCAGAAGGGAUUCUUCGGAUGCGUCCGCAACCUGACGAUCAAUGAGCAUACCUACAACCUGGGCAUGCCCUCCUACUUCCGGAACAUCGACAGCGGAUGCCAGCAGUCCGUGGCGGUGGCCUUCAGCUUCGGCAUCGACCGGAACUUCAUUAUCGCCAUCAUCGCCUGCCUGGCGCUCCUCAUGAUCAUCCUGCUGGCCGUGGUGGUGCAGAAGAAACAGAAGAACGGUUGGCAUGAGAAGGACAUGGACGACAUCCGCGAAACGAUCAUCAACUACGAGGAUGAGGGCGGCGGCGAGCGCGACACUGACUACGACCUGAACGUGCUACGCAGCCAGCCGUUCUACGAGGAGAAGCUCUACAAGGACCCCCAUGCCCAGCAGGCGGGCAUGCGCGAUCUCAACGACGUCCCGGACAUCGGUGACUUCCUGGGCGACAAGAAGGAGACCUGCGACCGGGACGCAAGCGCCUUCACCGUCGACGAUGUCCGGCACUAUGCCUACGAGGGCGACGGCAACUCGGACGGCAGCCUCUCCAGUCUGGCGUCCUGCACCGAUGACGGCGAUCUCAACUUCGACUACCUGUCCAACUUUGGGCCGCGCUUCCGCAAGCUGGCCGACAUGUACGGCGAGGAGCCCUCGGACACAGAUUCCAAUGUGGAUGACGACCAGGGCUGGCGCAUCUAGACAUCUCCGGAGGUCGGAUGAUGGUAAUUGAAAAGACUUUUUAUGUGGUAAGAGAGAGAUAUAGUGCCGGGACAGGGAGCCGGCCUAGCCGGUCGCGUCGAGGGAUAUGAUGUAUUUAUAUAGUAUGGGUUAACUGUAUAUUAUGGAUAUACAUAUAUGAUUUACGAAGGAGGAGUGUUGCAAGGGCCCGGGGGAACACGUUUUUGUUUUCUGUUUUUGUAAAAUGCAAAAAGUGAUCUUGAUCUUACGUAAUCGAACUAUACAAACUAAGGCUAAGCAACUCCGAACAAAACCCAAUUAUAAUGGAAACUGUCAAGUGGAGAAAACACAACAUACAGUAUAGUAGGGGGGAUAUAGUAGGGUAUUCAACAAAUCAAGUGUCGAACCGAAAUCGAAAUUCGAAUUUCAGAAAACCAAUUAUUCCUAUCGAGAGAAUAGAAAACAGAAUGCAUUUUUCAUUGCGUAUAAACAUAAAUUCCCAACUUUAGUUGUUAGUUUAAUUCUAAUUUAUCAUAAAAGGCAUUAAAAGGAUAGUAUAAUCCGGGGGGGAUCAUAGUAUAGACUUUAUUCAGAACCCUCUGAAGCUUCCAAACAUACAGAACUUCACAACAAAAUCAAACAAGAACUCUAUUUGAUAAGAAGAGUCCCUUACUUUUAAGUUAUCAUAUAUAGAUAUAUGUAAUCGUAAUUUAUAUAGACCGGUGCGCCCCAUCAAUACCAGCUAAGUUCUUAGGGUUGUCCUCUAGUACGUGUAUAGACCAGUCUAUAAGUCUAAUUUAAUCAAAAAUCGAAUUCGGGAAGAGUUUGGCUCUUCCUUAAGAGUAUCAUAUCCACUUAUAGGCUAUAUCCAUGUUAUAGCCAUGUGGAUAGACAUUAGAGACAUAUCUGUGUAAGAAAUAAUGUUCAAUAAAUAAAUGCGAUAUGUAUUUUUGUAAGAAUUUUCCGCACUAAGGUAUAAUAUCUUUUACAUGCCAAGUCGAAACAACAGUAACAACUGAAAUACUUUAUUUAUAAAAGAUAUAGUAUAUAAUAAAUAAUUGUAUAUUUACAAGAAAACGAGAAGCCACACCACACAAUAAUUGUGUCAAAAUAAAAAAACAUAAUAAAAUUCAAA